GCCGGGGCGGGGGCGGGGCCAGGACCAAGGCCAGAGGUCGGGGCCAUGGCGCUGCUGGGGAAGGUGGGCGGCCGCGCAUUGCGGCCCGCUCUGUGUCGGUGGGCGAGUUACCGCCAGGGCCAGAGCCCGGAACCCCGCAUCCGCGAAUACUUCUACUACAUUGACCACCAGGGCCAGCUCUUUCUCGAUGACACGAAGGUGAAGAAUUUCAUCACCUGCUUUAAAGAUAAAGAGUUUCUGAUUUUUUUCUUCAAGCAACUCAGGAAGAACGUCACGGGACGCUACCAGGAGUUCCCGUACCUCUCUCUCUGUGGGAGGGAGCGGAAUUUCAUUCGCUGUGAGGAUCUGCCGAUUGUCUUCACCCACCUGGUCGGAGGCGAGGGUCCAGAGGGGGAGCUCCUGUCCUACUGUGGCGGGGGUGACAAGUUGGCGGUGAGGUUUGAACCUGAGAGGUUGUUCAUGCCGGUGAAUGGGAGAGUGUACCAUCCAGCCCCAGAGAGGGCAGGCAGCGUGGGGCUGGUCAAGUCUUCUCUGGCCUUUGAGCUCAGUGGCCAUUUUGAGUAUGCCAGCGGCAGCCCUGAGAGUGGACCACCAUCCCAUUUCCAAUGGAACGGGCGGCGACACACGUUGACCAAUGAACUGGCUGCCUACGUUCAGAUCGAAAAACCCACUUAGGACCAUCUCUCCAGGGAGGUUACGGUCAGCUGGUGGUCUCCUGACGGUGAUCCAGACCGAGUCUACCACGACUAAUUUCAGCUGCGGAUGUUACUCUGGAGGAAUGGUUCCAGCUCACAGUGGAUUUAUUUUGGCUGAUUUCUGUGUUCCUGAUUGACAUAUUGAUGUCACUCCCCGGAGAUGAUCCCUCAAGCAUGCAGCAGACAGGAGAUGAAACUAUUUUCUCACAACAGUAGCUGCCUGUUCAGACAGCCCUGGUUAGUGCUUCAUUGGUGUAAUAAAGGAAAUCAUUUUAAUAUUGAAUGCAACACUAAUUUGUUUAUUUAGUGAUGCAGAAAGUGAAUAUUUGCAUAAAAGUUAUGCUAAUUAGCAGCUGAGUAAUUAAGUGAUCAGCACAGCUGUGGCUGGAGCGCUGUGUGUAUAACCUAUUCUGAAGCAAAGUUGGUGGAAUUGGAACAGUCUUAUUGUUGCCUCUUCCCCAAUCUGGCUGCUCUUUUACCCCUUCUCUUCACCUCACCUGCCCAUCACCUCCAUCAGGUGCCCCUCUGCCCCUCUUUCUCCCCCUCCCCUUUCUCCUUUGGCCCACCCUCCUCUCCUGUCAGUUUCCUUCUCCAACCCUUUGUCUUUUCCACCAUCACCUCCCACCUCCUCACUUCAUUCCUCCCUCACCCACCUUCCCCCUCACUUGGUCUCACCCAUCACCUCCCACCUCCUCACUUCAUCCCCCCCUCACCCGGUCUCAGCCAUCACCUCCCACCUCCUCACUUCAUCCCCCCCUCACCCACCUUCCCCCCUCACCUGGUCUCACCCAUCACCUCCCACCUCCUCACUUCAUCCCCCUCACCCACCUUUCCCCCCUCACCUGGUCUCACCCAUCACCUCCCACCUCCUCACUUCAUCCCCCCCUCACCUGGUCUCACCCAUCACCUCCCACCUCCUCACUUCAUCGCCCCUCACCCAUCACCUCCCACCUCCUCACUUCAUCGCCCCUCACCCAUCACCUCCCACCUCACCAUCUCCCCCUCACCUGGUCUCACCCAUCACCUCCCACCUCCUCACUUCAUCCCCCCCUCCCCCAUCACCUUAUUCUGGCUUCUGUCCACUUCCUCUCCAGUCCUGAUGAAGGGUCUCGGCCUGAGAUGUUGACUUAUUGUUCCCCUUCAUAGGUUCUGCCUGACCUGCUGAGUUCUUCCAGCAUUUUGUGUGUGUUACUCAGGUUUAUUUAUUAUUGGUAUUUUUGAACAGUGAAAAGCUGUUCUUGCAGACUACUCAUGCAGAAUAAUUAGAUCAUUACACAGUGCUUUGAGCUAGGAUAAGGUAAAACAAUUACAGAAUGCAGACCAAACAAGAGAAUGGGGGACGAAUUGUGAUCCAAGUGACUUUGACCUUGGAAUGAUUGUUGGUGCCAGAUGGGGUGGUUUGAGGAUCUCAGAAACUGCUAAUCUCCUGGGAUUUUCACACACAACAGUCUCUGUAGAAGAAACAGAAAACAAUCAGUGAGUGGCAGUUCUGUUAAUGAGAGAGGUGAGAGGAGAAUAACCAGACUGGUUCAAGCUGACAGGAACUCAGAUAAUCAUGUAUUACAACAGUGGUGUACAGAAUAGCAUCUCAGAGCAGGCAUGCCAGACCUCAAAGUGGAUAGUUACAGCAGCAGACCACAAACGGACACAUUGAAUGUAUCACUGACAUACGAUGUGAAAUUUGUUGUUUUGCAGCAUCUGUACUGUACAAAGAGGUAACAUUACUAUCAAUUACAAAGCUAAAUGCAUAGUGAAAAAGUAAUCAAUUACAAGGUGCUGUUGAUAGAUCAUUCAGAAAUUUGAUGGCAGAGGGGAAGAAGCUGUUCCUGAAUCACUGAGAGUGUGUGGGGGGGGGGGGUGGUCUUCAGGCUCCUGUACCUCCUCUCUAGUGGUAGUAAUGUCCUGGAUAUUGAGAGUCCUUAGUGAGGUACACUGCUUUCUUGAGCCAAUCUGCAGUUUGGAAUGGAGUUUUCUAUAAACUUCUGUUGGCGCACCCAUUAGGGUCCUGUCCCAGCCAUGGUCUCUAAUAUUUACCCCUUGACUUAUUCAGAGACUAAGGUUUCUGCUGGGAAACAUCACUGGGAACAAAACAACCUCUGAAACUUAGGCAGAUAAAUUAAUCAAAAACAAGUGGAGGGAGUGGAACCCCCUUCACCAGUGGGGCAUGAUCCCACUCCCCCCACCCCCCACCGCUGCACCAGGGUGGACCGGUCCCACUCCCACUUAUUUACAAGCGCAAUGUCUGUCAGAUCAAUUAUUUAUCUGGAUGGCUUCUCUGUCCUCUCCUCCCCUCCUCCCCCCCUCUCCUCACCCCUUACCCUCCCCUCCCCCCAUUAUCAUCUCAUCUUUGCUCGUUCCUGGUGUUACUGCUUCCAAUGACCUAAUUUCCAAACAUCUGUCACUCUUCAGUGAAGUACGAUUUAGAAACAGUUUGUUUUAAAAUCACUGUGCAUGUUUUCAUUUCUCCUUAAGAAAAAGCGUUCUCAGAUAAGGGAAAACAGGCAUUACAUUAAAAUAUAUUAAUAUGUGAAAGAGCAUAGCUCAGAGGACAUAGAUAACUGUGAAUCCUGGCUGCUACAUUGCAUCUCAUUAACCUGGCAGAUGACCCUCCUCUCGUGUAACCCCCAUCACUCCAGUGUCAGAUUCAUGUUUAUUAGCACUGACGCAGGCCAAGACAUUCGUAGCAGCAGUAUAGUGCCAGGCAUAAAAUAUUACUGUCAGUUACAAAGGAAAGUGCAAAUGUGGAAUUGCGAGUUAGUGUACAUAGUGCAUUUAGAAAUCUGGUGGCAGAUAGCAGUGGGAAUUGGACCACGAUCUUCCAAUCAGUUAGUUAUUGGUUAUUUUGUAAGAUCUGUUGGAAGCCUGUUAUUGUAGACUAUCAGAUCAUCUCCAUUCUUUUCGUAACCUGAUAGAUCAGAACAGAAGAGGUAAACACACCAGCAGCUCUACUGUGUUAGGGCACCAAAGGCUCUUUGGAGUUUCUGUCAAAGUAGAGUGGAGAGCAUUCUGACUGGCUUUGUCGCAGCCUGGUGUGGAGGUUCCAGUACACAGGAUUGCAAAUGGCUGCUGAGUUUUAUAGACUCAGUCAGCUCCAUCAUGGUCACAACCCUCACUGCCAUCAAGAAGCAGAGCCUCAAGAAGGCGGCAUCCCUCACUAAGGACCCUCACCAUCGGGACAAAGCCCUCUUCUUGUGCUACCAUCGAAAAGGAGGCAUAGGAGCCUCAGGACCAACACUCAAUGGUUCAAUAUAGGCAGAGCGCAUUACAGGCCCAAAGUAUUUGGAAAAGCUUGUAUCCCUCUGUCAUCAGAUUUCUGAAUAAUCCAUGAACAGUAAUUAUCUUGUCACUCUGCUUUUUUCACUGUUUAUUUAUUUUAGUGAUUUAUAGUAAAUUUUGUACUGUACUGCUGCCGCAAUACUUAAUAUCACGUCACAUAAGAUGGUGAUAAUGAACCUGAUUCUGUGAUCUUUCAAUAGGUACACUUAAUGUCAGAGAAAUGUCUUCAAUACACAUCCUGAAAUUCUUUUUCUUCCCAAACAUCCACAAAAACAGAGUGCCCCAAAGAAUGAAUGACAGUUAAACAUUAGAACCCCAAAGCCCCCCCCCCAUGCAGAAGCAACAGUGAGGCAACGAUCCCCCACCAGCAAAACCGCAUCGGCGCCCCCACUGGGCACUCAAGUGUGCAGCAAAGCAGUCAGUCAAGACACAGACAAUGAGCAGUCACAAACUCAUGAGGAAGGGUUUCAGCCCAAAACUAUUCAUCUCCAUAGAUGCUGCAGACCUGCUGAGUUCCUCAGGCAUUUUGUGGAGAGGGAGGAAUCCGAUAGGAGAGGGGAGUGGACCAUGGGAGAAAGGGAAGGAGGAGGGGCACCAGGUGAGGUGAUAGGAAAGUGAGAAGAAGAGGCAAGAGGUCAAAGUGGAGAAUUGCAGGAGCAGGAAGGGGGAGAGGGAAACAAUUACCGUAAGUUUCAGAAUUUGAUGUUCAUGUCAUCAGGUUGGAGGAAUACGUGGUGUUCUUCUCCAGCCUGAGAGUGACCUCAUCACGGCAGAGGAGGAAGCCAUGACCUGACAUGUUGGAACGGGAAUGGGGAUGGGAAUUAAAAUGGUUGCCACAAAGAAAUUCCACUUUUUGCUGAUGCAACAGACGUCCUUGGAUGUAACUUCUUAUUCUGGCAUCUUCCUCCUUCCUUUCCAGUCCUGCUAAACGGCCUCAGCUCAAAGCAUUGACUGUUUGGUUCGCUCCACAGGUGCUGCUUGACCUGUUGAGUUCUUCCAGUAUUUUGUGUGUGUGUUUGAGAAGUGUAAGCUUGUCGAUGUCUCACUGCACACCAGCUUCAAUAUAAGAGCAGCAUCUAGUGGUUAGCUCAGCACUUCACCAUACCAGCGACACAGGCUCAAUUCUGCCGCUGCCUGUGACUGUGCAGGUUUCCUCCUGCAGUCCAAAGAUGUACCAGUUGGUAGGUUAAUUGAUCAUUGUAAGUUGUCUCGUGAUUAGGGCUAGGUUUAAAUCACUGAGUAGCUGGGCUGCUUGCCUCAACAUGUAUCUCAAUAAAUAAUUUUUUUGAACCUGUA